UAGUCAGAUGAAGAUGUAAGUUGAGGUCCUUCUCCUUGCUGGUUGUGCUGAUGAGAUUUGUUAUGACGGUCGGUGGGUGGUGGUGCGUCCAGCUUCAGAUCAUCGGAAGGCCUUCUUCUGUGCCUUUUCCUCGGCGGGUCUUCCGGAGGUUCCUCUGGAUGUGUUUGUGUGUUUUCGAUUAUAUCUCUUCUCUUGUUUUCCCCCGUGUACUCUGAUUCACUUGAACCAAUCUUGUAUGGAGCCCCGAGGCUUCUAGGCAAAUUCAAUUGAAUAUAUUCAGGUGGGGAUGCCCCCCCCCCCCCCUUUGACCAUUCAAAAAAAAACCUUGAAAUUGGCUACUUGCCCACUCACUGUUUUCAUCUGAACAGUUCGCCAGUCCCUCUGUUGCCGAACCUCUAUGGCCCGUUGCCACUCCUCAUCUUUUGGCCCCAGGAACUAACUCGUUGCAUCUGAACAGUUCGCCAGUACCUUCUGUUGCCGAACCUUGAAAUUGGCUACUUGCCCACUCACUGAAGCCUGUCUUAAAAUAGUACUGUACGAUUUGCCCCUUCAGAUCUCGCUCAGUUGUACAUCACCAAGGUUACUGGGUGACCACUUACUGAAGCCAUAUGCGAAGUCUUAACUAAAACUGAUUAGCUAGCAAUCGAAAUAUACUAGCGCCACGCAAUCAAGUUGUCAAGUUGGCACGAUCAAACAUUUCUUUAUCAUAACCAUUAAUGCCAAACAAUCGCUCUCCUACUCUUAAUCUUAGAGACCUGCCAGUGGAGGUCAAGUAAGUGCACUUGAAAUAUUCUCAUCUCAAUUUUGAAUCAGUGCUAUCUGUCAACACCAAUAAGUAAUAGCUCUCCACGACCUCAAACAAUGCAUAAUCAAUCUAGCAUUCGUUUUGUUUUUACGCGCUGAAAGCAAGCUGCCAUUCGUUGACAAGAUGCACAACUCUCUUCUUCUGGCAUAGCAGCUGGGCAGCGCCCAUUAUAACUAGUCCUCGUGUGACUUGGGUUCUCCACCAUUCCAACCUCCAGCAACCAUGAAGCUCAUUCUCGCGCUCUCCAUUCUCUUCCUCUCCUGCAUCCAUGGCGUGAGCUCCGACUCACGCUUCUUCACCGCCAUGUAUUCCCUCGGGGACUCCUACAUCGACGCGGGCAACUUUCUGAUCAUGGCCGCUGCGAUGGUGCCGGCUGUGCCCGUCGUGCAUGACAAGCUUCCUUACGGGAUGACCUUCUUUGGCCACCCCACAGGCCGCCUCAGCGACGGCAGAAACACCAUCGAUUUCAUCGCCCAGGAGUUUGGUCUCCCCCUUCUUGGACCCUCCCUGCUGAAUGACUCGGACGCCUCCAAAGGCGUAAACUUCGCUGUCGGCGGCGCACCGGCGAUCGACGUCGACUACUUCGAGAAGAACAACAUAGUUCAGUUUAAGCUUCUGAACAAUUCUCUGAGCGUGCAGCUGGGUUGGUUCGAGCAACUCAGGCCAGCGAUUUGCAACAAGACCGAGACCUCAGGGUGCGAAGGUUGCUUCAGUAAGUCUCUCUUCUUCGUUGGGGAGUUUGGAGUGAACGAUUACAACUUCCUAUGGUUUGCCGGCAAGACUGAGGACGAAGUGAUGUCGCAUGUACCUACAGUUGUCCAAAACAUUGCCACGGCCGUGGAGGGGCUCAUCAAAGGAGGCGCGGUCUACGUGGUGGUGCCGGGGAACCCACCGCUGGGGUGCUCACCCACCAUGCUGACGAGCCGCUCCGGCCCCAACACGACGGAGUACGACCCCAUGGGCUGCCUCAUCGACGUCAACCGCGUGGCCACGGUCCACAACUCCCGGCUCCGCGCCGCAGUCGUCUCUCUCAGGGGCAGGUACCCCCGUGCCACCAUCAUCUUGGCCGACUUCUACAGCCCCAUCAUCAAGAUCCUCCGCAACCCCAGCCAUUACGGGGUGACCGAGGCGGACGCUCUCCGGGCUUGCUGCGGAGCCGGCGGCACGUACAACUGGAACGGCAGCGCCAUCUGCGGCAUGCCGGGGGCGACCGCAUGCAGUAACCCGUCGGCGUUCGUCAACUGGGAUGGAGUUCACUACACGGAGGCCACCAACGGGUACAUCGCCGACUGGUGGCUCCGCGGCCCUUUCGCCGACCCGCCUAUAAUGAGUGUUGUGCGCUACUAAAGUGGAGGAGAAACUUGAAAACCAUUACAGGCGAGGCGACACGUGAAUGCCUUAGUUUUUUUUUUGAGGGAUACGUGAACGCCUUAGCUAGUAUCGCGGAUGAAAGUAAAUGUUGAUGUCAACACUAUGCUCAUAUUAUUUGGAUUGAA